AUGGUGACAGAGAGAGAUGGUGUGAAGGAGGACUACAGGAAAACAGAAGAGAUGGUGUUUGGAAUGGUUAUCAAAACGUCUUUGGGCUGGUCUGUUCGUCCGUGGUCGUCUUAUUUGCAUGCAGCCAAAAUCUCAGGAGGGACCAGGGACAUCGGUUCAGCCCUCACCAGGAUGUGCAUGAGGCACCGCAGCAUCGAGGCCAAACUCCGCCAGUUUUCCAUGGUGUUUCUGGACUGUCUGAUCAACCCACUACAGGAGCAGAUGGAGGAGUGGAAGAGAGUAGCCAACACUCUGGACAAAGACCACGCCAAAGAGUACAAGAAGGCCCGUCAGGAGAUCAAGAAGAGGUCUUCAGACACUCUGAAGCUGCAGAAAAAAGCUAAGAAAGCUGAUGUAUUUGGCCGCGGGGACCUCCAGCCUCAGCUGGACAGCGCCAUGCAGGAUGUCAGUGAUAAAUACCUGCUGCUGGAGGAGACGGAGAAGCAGGCGGUGAGGAAGGCGCUGGUGGAGGAGAGGAGUCGCUUCUGCUGCUUCGUCUCCAUGCUGAAGCCUGUCGUGGAGGAGGAGAUGUCCAUGCUGGGGGAGAUCACUCACCUCCAGACUCUGACAGACGACCUGAAGACGCUCACUAUGGACCCUCACAAGCUGCCCGCCUCCAGCGAGCAGGUAAUCUUAGACCUGAAGGGCUCCGAGUGCACCUGGUCCUACCAAACUCCACCCUCAUCACCGAGCACCACCGUUUCCAGGAAGUCAAGCAUGUGCAGCAGCCUGAACAGCGUGAACAGCAGCGACUCUCGCUCCAGCGGCUCACACUGCCACUCCCCCACCUCCCAUUUCCGUUACCGUGCCUCCUCCUCCUCUUCCUCCUCAGUGCUCCCCCAGCAGACGCCGCCCCGCCUAUCCUCAGUCUCCUCCCACGACUCUGGCUUCAUCUCCCAGGACGCCUUCCAGUCCAAAUCCCCCUCACCCAUGCCUCCGGAGAGCUCGCAGUUGUCAAAUGGUUUUGACCAUCACGCUGCCCUCUGUCUGCACGGAGUGGUACUGCAGGCCCAGGACACCCACCUCCAUCUGCCAUACUUCACCUACUCCUCCUCCUCCUCCACCACCACUUCUCCCAUCUCCUCGCCCUCCUAUUCGUAUGUUUCUCCCACGGGGUCGUGGCCUCGGUCAGGCUCCAGCCAAUCAGGGGAGUUCCUGCCUCUCAGCCCCUCAGGGCUUGGAAUGAUCCCUUCAUCCAGAAUCCCGUCCUGGAAGGACUGGGCCAAACCAGGCCCAUACGAGCAGCCAGUGGUCAACACCCUCAAGAGGAGCAAGGACAGGAGAGAAACUGCAGAGCCCGGCAGCCACCAGGGCCCUGACGUCACCACGCCAGGGGAGGAACCACAAGGGGUUAAAGGAAGCCACUCUUUGACAUCACCCAAGGAGGACAGGGAGGCCCAUGAGGAGCUGGCCAGGGCUCUGGCCCGAGGGCUCCAGCUGGACAUCCACGGCUCCAGCAGAGACUCUCUGCAGGGCUCCAGCGGCUACAGCAGCCAGACCAACACACCCUGCUGCUCAGAGGACACCAUCCCCUCACAAGUAUCAGACUGUGACUACUACUCUGUGGGAGUGGAUCAGGAAGGCGAGCAGCAGCAGCCGGCAUCAGAUUUUGACAAAUCCUCCACCAUCCCCAGAAACAGCGACAUCAGUCAGUCCUACCGCCGCAUGUUCCAGUCCAAACGCCCUGCCUCCACUGCUGGGCUGCCCUCCAACCCCUCUGCCAUAAUCACCCCGGGGGUCGCCACCAUCCGACGGACACCGUCCUCCAAACCCAACUUGCGGCGGCCGUCUGGGGGCCUUAGCUUGGGCCCCAUCCCCAUCAAGCCCCCCAUGAUUCCAGUCAAGACCCCCACUGUGCCUGAACAUCCCGGUUUCCCAAGCAGGGCAGCAUCAGAGGACGGCAACACACAACGAACCCCGCUCAGCCCCCCGACCACACUGUUGUCACCUGGAAACAGCGGGCCGUUGUCACAGAGGUCAGGCUCCUGGGAGACCCAGCACCUGGGCGAGGGGUCAGAUCCUCCGACCCCACCCCCGCAGCCCAGCGGUCGGGCGUCAGAGUGGGAGCGCCAGCCUCUCCCGGAGCUUUUAGAGGAGACAGAAUAUAGCGAGGUGGAGGACUUUCUGGUGGCUAUCCGACGAGGCGUCAGGCUCAAGAGGACGGCGACCAAUGAUCGAUCGGCACCAAGUAUUCACUAGACUAGAAGGGUUGGUUUGAGCCAUUUUGUGUCCCUCGUUGAAUUUAAACAAAUAUGCUCUUGAAGGGACACAAAAUUGUUAUUAUUAAGUAAACGCAAACGGGAGCUAUGACAUAAAAACCAUUUGAAGAAGAUAGGAAGUUGCCCAGAGAGUCUGAUCAAGAAACAAAACAUUGAAUCAUGGUGAAGUUAGUUGAAAACUUGGCACCAUCACCUUUUGGCCAAAGAGAAAUUCUUUAAAUGAGGGUUAACGACCACUAACCCUGAUGCUGAUCCGAGAUCAUUUCCCCUGGGCAACUUCAGUAUAGAAGAGAAAAGAUGUGAAAGGACAUUGUCAAACACGAGCAAGUUGUACAAGGUCAUUCUUGUAGCAGAAACGACUUAAAUGAAACAUUAAGUAAAUGUGUUUAGUAUUGAUAAGAGACCGAUGAUGUAGGAAAUUCUGGAAGAGAUAACAGUAAGCUGGAAGGAAUGAUGAGUAUUUUCAAAAGAUCAAAUUAUUAUUUGUAUGUACAUAUUUAUAUUUUGAUGCGUUUGUGCAUUUUUAUUCGUCAAACGCUCCUUUUACAUCCCCGUAGUGUCCCAUUUCCACUAAAAAAGGUGCCAAAAGCCUGUGUGCUGAAUUUUACUUAAAUAUGCUCUAUUUAAUUGAAUUUAUGCUGAUUUUUAUUUUGUCUGAAAUGAAAGAAAAAUUGAGCUUCUACUCGAGCUAAAAUACUUUGUAUAUGUAGGGUAGCGUAUUGAAGAAUGCUGUGUAACCAUUCGCAACUAAAGAUUUUUAGUUGUUACAGUUACUUAUACGAUUAAUAGAUCGACCUGCAUGUUCUUAAAAGUGUGCCCCAGUAUAAACAAUCAUUUUGGCUUUUAAAUUAGAUUUAUAACACAGUUAAACCCAUAAUAUCCAAGCAGUGGAUCGGGAACUGUGGACGCCUAAAACUUGCGAGAUUAAGUCUGCUGUUAGCUUUACAAAACAACAACCUGUCUUUGAUUGUCCGAACUGAGCGUCAAAGAUAUUGUGGGUAGAGAUUUAUUUUUGGAAUUCGGUUUAAUUAUUGCAUUUUGUAUUUAUUUUCUGUAAAGCACUUUCGAUCACUGAUAGCUACUCUAACUAAUCAAAGUACUCUUGCAGACAGACAUGAUCUGCAACUUUGUUGGCCUCCAGAUUCGCCAACCCCUCUGCCGCUGUUCAACUUUUAACAUGUUGCUAAUCUACCAACUAUAAAGCAACUGAGUAAUGUUGUGUUAGCAUAGACAUCCAAGUCCAUGGUAGUCAUAGAAGUUGCUAUUACAGGUUCCGUGUUACUACUUAGCUACAGUUAUUGGAGUAAUGUGGAUUAGUGUGUUGUAGUGAAGCCAGUGUGCUGAUGGUGAGUUGUACUUAGAUGGCACAGAUGCAAACGGUUGCGGACGAGUCGGAGCAUCAGUAUUGGGACGGUGUGCUGCGGUUACCUGAAUUGUAUUCAUUCUAUUGUUAUUCUGGUAACAGCUUCUCAAAUGUGAGCGUUUGCUGCUGCAAUUUCUAGACCUAAUGAUUGAGAAGAUAAAUGGCAGAUUAAAUAAAUAACGAGAAUUACUUUUAGUAUUUGAUCUGCUAAAAUGAAUAUUCAGAGACUGUUGGUUCACUGUCCCAAUACAUGAAUGGAAAAUGACCCAGAGGCGCCACUGUAAAGUGUAAAUUUGGAAAGAGAACAGCUGAUUCAGUACGACCUGAUCUGGAAUCUAGCUUGCUUUAGUCCUAAUCUGUCUGUGUUUACUAGCCAUCAAACACUAACUGUCCAGUUACAGCUGUUUUUCAGGUGGUUUAACACACCCUAUGGCGGCCAUGUUGGAGGUCUUUAGCUCUCUAAUUGAUGUUUUACACAUUCCCAAGUGCGACGAUGUCACAGCUAGCUAACAGUUAGCUAAUUAGCAAUAUACCUUAAACUCGUAAUUUAGACAAUAGCCAACAACCACUUGUGGAAGCUAGCUUUGUAGCACAACAACAAAUCAGUGUGAGAAUAUUACUGAACAUUUCUACAGAUGAGAUUUCAGCUUGCUUUUGGAAAGCUAAAUCUUUACUGUGUAGACAAAAACAUUAAUUUUCAAGUUUGAUGUUUAGCUAAUUAUUAGCUAAACAUCAGUAUUUUGUUUAAUGUAAUUUGGACACUAGCUAAGGUGCAAUUCUUAACAGAUGCUUGCACUGUAGCGUAAGAACAAAUCAGUGUGAGAAUAUUACUGAACAUUUCUACAGAUGAGAUUUCAGCUUGCUUUUGGAAAGCUAAAUCUUCACUGUGUAGACAAAAACAUUAAUUUUCAAGUUUGAUGUUUAGCUAAUUAUUAGCUAAACAUCAGUAUUUUGUUUAAUGUAAUUUGGACACUAGCUAAGGUGCAAUUCUUAACAGAUGCUUGCACUGUAGCGUAAGAACAAAUCAGUGUGAGAAUAUUACUGAACAUUUCUACAGAUGAGAUUUCAGCUUGCUUUUGGAAAGCUAAAUCUUCACUGUGUAGACAAAAACAUUAAUUUUCAAGUUUGAUGUUUAGCUAAUUAUUAGCUAAACAUCAGUAUUUUGUUUAAUGUAAUUUGGACACUAGCUAAGGUGCAAUUCUUAACAGAUGCUUGCACUGUAGCGUAAGAACAAAUCAGUGUGAGAAUAUUACUGAACAUUUCUACAGAUGAGAUUUCAGCUUGCUUUUGGAAAGCUAAAUCUUCACUGUGUAGACAAAAACAUUAAUUUUCAAGUUUGAUGUUUAGCUAAUUAUUAGCUAAACAUCAGUAUUUUGUUUAAUGUAAUUUGGACACUAGCUAAGGUGCAAUUCUUAACAGAUGCUUGCACUGUAGCGUAAGAACAAAUCAGUGUGAGAAUAUUACUGAACAUUUCUACAGAUGAGAUUUCAGCUUGCUUUUGGAAAGCUAAAUCUUCACUGUGUAGACAAAAACAUUAAUUUUCAAGUUUGAUGUUUAGCUAAUUAUUAGCUAAACAUCAGUAUUUUGUUUAAUGUAAUUUGGACACUAGCUAAGGUGCAAUUCUUAACAGAUGCUUGCACUGUAGCGCAAGAACAAAUCAUACUUCUUAGUUUUUACUGAACAUUUCUACUGGAACAUGACAACAAGGUGCUUCAGCUAGCAGAGAGCCAAAUCUCCACCACCCUCCAUUAUGGUGCCAGAAAGCACUAAUACAUUUGUGACCCAACUGAAAAUCCUCUGUUAACUGUGGUUAAACUGACAGAUACAACAGAACACAAGUGCACGCUGCUGUGCACUGAUAUCCAUGUACAACCGCAACAAAUAUGUAAACCUGUAAUAGCUUGUAAUUACUAAAUGUCGGACAGCCCGAUGAGUUAAAAAUUUAACUUGUGUUAGUGGGUAAGUAACGAAACAAGUGGAAAUAGACAAAACUUCCCUGUUGCUACUAAAUAUUUUUAUAGUGUCCUCACAAGUCAAAUUAUUUAUGUAUUUAUUCAUUUAAAUGUUUGCAUUUUAUUUGUGGCUUUACACAUUUCUAAACUUUCUAAAGCAUAUUAACAAAUAUUUAAUAUGCAUGUCUUUUUUUUUAGUUAAAGAAAAUAUUUAAUGGUCUGCUUUUUUCCUACCGGAACUAAUGUUUUUCCUCAGUUGGUCAUUUUUGAUGCCGUCCAUCAUCUAAUCUAGUUUCCCUAAAGGGAUCAUUAGUGUUUAAUUUUCCAGUGCAGGUUAGCGAAUACAAUAAUGUAGCUGAUGCGAUAACAAGCGUAUGAAGCUGAAUGUUCGAGCCUGUGAGGACUCCGUAAAUGUUAUGAAGAUCUGAGUAACGCUAACGCACACGCUGAGGAUUAGAAAAGUGACCAUUUGGAAUCAUGUCCACAGCAGAAAAUCAUUUUGUGUCAAACAUUUUUAGAAAAAUCUUAUCAUUGUAGAAGUUGCAUCAGAAUUCACUUGUCUAGUCCUCAGCGUGUGCGGAGGCCAUUUGUCCCUGAGCUGUAUGUAACAGCAGCUGUCAGUGUGCCCUUUAAUGUUUAGCCUUUAAUUUGAGUAAAGUUGCCAAAUUCCCUACAGUAUAUGCAAAAUGAUGCCCCGGGUUUCUUUCUUUUAUUGUAAAAUUUACUUCAGAACGUGCAUUUCGCAGGUGAAUGUCACCAGUUUGGGUGAAAUUGGCUUUAUCUCCACAUACAUUUACAAAAUAACUUACUGAAAUUAAAUUGUACCUUUUCCUACACCUGAUGUUAAAGUGGGGAAUAUCUGAUUUUGGUAUUUAGGGUAACUGGACACUUCAGUCACUCAGUGUCUCAUCCUGUAAAUGUGUUACAGGAACACACUGAAUGGUAGGCAGGUGCUUAGCAAUAAAAAACAUGAUUUGAAAUGACUAAGAAAGGAGUCAUUUUGGUUUGUACAGACUUUAAAAAAACAAGAAGAGACCUUUUGACUUUGAAGUGUUUGUUAGUUUGCAGCUAAGGCUGAGCAAUAUGGCCAAAAAUGUUAUCACGAUAAAUGUCCAAUCAUUAUUUCUUUUAAGUUUAAGGCUGA